AUGCCCAGAUUGGAGCACGAUCUCCAGGGUCCGUCAGAUCAUGUCCUGAUCUGUGUGGAUCUUGAUAUUGGACCUGAACCGCCCAGAUCUGGGCAACGGACAAUUAAACCCGGAAGCGAGGCUGAGAAGUCUUUCGUUUUGGACAUCCUCCGGGAUCUUGCGGCUAUACCUGUUGCAGCCCUGGCAACCAAGGAAGGCGUUGAAGCUUUAGCUGAUGCUAUUGCGACAGCGUUCUCGGACGCAUGGCUUGCCCACUCGACUGAGUCCAAACCUACCAAAUGCUCCAAGUCCUGGUGGACAGACGAGUGCUCAGAAACAUUCGGAGUGUAUCAGUUGAGCCGUUCGCUCACUGAUUACAACAGAUUUAAGAAGGCGUGCAAGGGUGCUAAGCGUGGUUUCUUCAAUGAGCGCAUCGCGGAAAUCACUACCUCUCGCAAGCACCCAUGGGACCUAAUGGAGUGGGUCAAACAGCACAAGCUACCACCCUGUGAGGCUAUUUGCAAUGGCGACUGGCCUUGUCAUGAUAUGGACAACCUUUGGGACGCCAUCCACAGCACGUACAACUCGGCCUCUGGUCGCAAGUACGACGCCUCAGUCUUAGAUGAGCUUCCUGAUGAGCUGGUCCGCGAGUGGGCUGACUUCUUGGAGCAUGAGUUGUUGAGUGCCCUUAAGGGGUGUUCCAACUCCUCUGCAUCUGGACCGGACCACGUCACAUGGGUCCACCUAAAGGAGUUGCUCAAGGAUAAUCACGUCCUUGCGCUCUUCAUCGUGUUGGCCAACGCUUGUCUUAGGGUGGGUCAUUGGCCUCACAUAUUCAAGGAGUCGCUGUCGGUUAUUGUUCUGAAGCCAAACAAGCCCUCCUAUGCUGUGCCGAAGGCUUUUAGGCCAAUCAUACUCCUCAUCACUUUCGGUAAACUUAUCGAAAAGAUGAUUGCCAAUAGGAUGCAGUUUGACGCUGUCAAGCAUGAUAUCUUUCACCCAAACCAGCUUGGCAGCAUUUGCCAAAGGUCAACUGAGGAUGCUGGAUUGAUUCUGACUCAUCUCUUCUUCCCCUCCAUCAACCAUGAAAUGUUCAUGGCUGUUCUCCGUAAGCAGGGCUUCUCACCAAUAUUGGUGGAAUUCUUUGCCUCCUACCUUGUUGGUCGCUCCACAAUUUAUUGUUGGAACACCUUCCAAUCUGACUCACGCUCUGUGGACGUGGGUGUUGGGCAGGGCUCAGCUCUCUCACCUGUUAUCUCUGGGGUAUUCAUUGCUCCAGUAAUGAAGCUCUUCUAUAUCAAAGUGGCGCCACUCAACACGAUGCUGCUUUCCUUUGUGGAUGACGGGACCAUUCUGGCCCAAUCCAAACAACUCGAUGAUAAUAAUGUGGGCCUGCCGGUGCUCGAUGGCAGCCCGCUUGCUAUCUACAAACACGACGACCGCCCCCCCAACCAAGACCCUUUGGGCUCAAACGCCUAA